CAUUGGUGAGAGCUGACCACAGGGGCUGUUGAGGUUCCUCAGAUGAGAUCCACUCGAGCAAGAGCUGAGCGUGUCUCUUGAGCAGGAAAAACAAGAAAUGCAGGCUCCUUUUGAAGAGUCUAAUAUGACCCAACUGAGCAUGGGCUGGCCUAAUUAUUUGCUGCGAUAUGGUGUCAAGUUCUCUCCAGAUAGAAAAAUGACACCGCGGCGAAAGUGGCACAUGAGAGAAGCCUUUACAUCUGCCGCUGGCUGCAGGUGUGGCCGGAGAUCCAUCUUAACAUUUAACCUCCUGCAUCCUGUAUCCCAUAAUGUUUCAGUGAGUGAGUCAGACGAAGCGGGACUUUAAAAUAUUCAUAUGUUUUCUGUGAGUGGCCCAUUCAGCCUGUUUACUCCGGGGAGCCUCCGCCUCGAUGAAAUUACUGGACGUCAGCGACUGAGACACCCAGAGGAGACACGGGUGCGGUGCAGCUCUGCAGUAUAAAGAGAGCCGAGCCUCCUCGGAGCGGCAGAGGACAUGCUUGUGCAGUGCAACGCAACAGGGAGUUGCUGCAUAGUUCCAGUUGCAUAAUGAGGAAAUAACUGUAGAUGAAAAAAAAAAAAAAAAGAAUAAAGUUCUCUUGUUUGUGGAGACACGUUAACAGUCUGGAUUCAUUUAUGUUGAGAAGAGUCAGUUAUGACUGACUGUCAAAAUCAAAGCGACCCCGAUCAUCUCCAUGGAUUUCUUAUUUCAAAGUAUUUUCUCCACCAGAGGAACCACGUCAGGCCCAGAGCCCAGCUGUGAUGCUGGCGAUGCAACACUCCAACUCCUCUGGCACCGCUGUCUCCUUCCCCCUCUCGAACCUCACCGCCGUGGUGCAGGAGCCUGAGAUGGAGGCCCACAACGCCACCGUCCCACGGAACAACCCCACGGCCGCCGUCCUCAGCAUGACCCUGGGCAUCCUCUUCAACGUGGUGGCCCUCAUCAUCCUCGCCAAGGCUUACAACCGCUUCCGGCGCCGGUCGAAGGCCACGUUUCUGCUCUUCGCCAGCUCCCUGGUGGCCACAGACCUGGCCGGACACGUCAUCCUCGGAGCGAUGGUGCUGAGGAGAUACACCGCAGGCAUCACCGCCGGCCCAACCGCCAGCUUUCGGGGUGACUCCGCGGAUACGGACUCCUCGUGUCAGUUUCUGGGAGGCUGCAUGGUGUUCUUUGGCCUGUGCCCACUCUUUCUGGGCUGCGCCAUGGCCGCCGAGCGCUGCCUGGGCGUCACCAGGCCCCUGUUGCACACUCGCCUGGUGACCACGGCACGGACAAAGAUGGCGCUAACCCUGAUCUGGCUGCUGGCUCUGUGCGUGGCCCUCCUUCCCUUCUUCAGCCUGGGUGCCUACACUUACCAGUACCCCGGGACGUGGUGCUUCAUCAGGGUGAUGGAGGGCACCAAAGGCUCAGACCUGGCCUUCGCGAUGCUGUUCUCUGGACUGGCUUUGAGUUCCCUGGCUAUGGCCUUUGUGUGCAACACCAUCAGUGGGAUAACGUUAGUGAGGGCACGGCUAAAGAAGAAGCCCGGCUCGCAGCGGAGCUCGGCCAGGUCUCACGACACUGAGAUGGUGGUCCAGCUGGUUGGCAUCAUGGUCACCUCCUGCAUCUGCUGGAGCCCUCUGCUGAUCUUUGGGCUGAUGUCGGCCACGCGCUCCUACAGCGACACCCUCCUCAGCGACAUAGACACCUACAGGAGCCUGAUGGUGACGGGCGUCAGAAUGGCAACGUGCAACCAGAUCCUGGACCCGUGGGUCUACAUCCUGCUGCGACGAGCCAUCCUCAGAAAAAUCUACCGCAUCACCAGACGGGCCAGCUUCAAGGGGAGCACGUUCCGCUCCGUCCGCUGGGACAUUGGCUCCUUUCAGAUCUCAGAGAAAAACACAGCAUCCAAGAUUUAGAGGAAUCGGACGUGGCAUCUGUUCCUUUAAAGUGAUGCUCCUUCAUUUGGAAGUGGGAUCGGACUCUCUUGACUUGACUUGUGGGAACGCAAACCACUCUGGUUUAUGUAAAUGAAGUAUCGUGAUCUUCCAGAUUAGAUGGUUUAAUGUGCGCUAGCAGCGCACAUGAGAGUGCAGUGGCAGUCUGUUCUCCGUGAGAGCAGAUGUAAAUAAGCAAAAUGAUUUGGUCAGUUUGACUGUCAUGUAUUAACUUUAUACUCUCAAAGGAAACAUCUCAACUCAGAAGUCUUUAAAUGUUCGUUUUGUUCUCGGUGUAAAACGUCCGUGACUCACACGAGGGCAAAAGGAGAAAGGCUGUGCUUUUACCUCAGCAAGAAGAUGUGAAAAAAAACACCAGUGUAGUGCUGUGACAUAAGUGUGAAUGUGUGUCAUUAAUUAUAUGUUUGUGUGAGAGUAUCUGCGGAGUAUCUAAGCUAUGUGCUGCAAAAGCUAACUGAAUGUGACUUUGUCGAGAAAAGGGAAAUGUAGGAUGACAUAAUAAAUGGUUUUCUGUAAAUGUUGCAUUUCAUUUUGGAUCCUAAUUGAUACUUUAUGUAAUGCUUCCUUCCCUUUAACUUCUGCCAGGUGUAAAUAUAAGUCUGUCCCAUGGACAUAGCUGACUUUUUGAACGCUUUAAACAAGCGCACUGAUCGUCUUGGCAGCGUUAGUGCAAUCAGAUGUUUACGUCACUUGCAAAUGAAAGUAAAAUUGGAUCAGGCGGAUUCGGAAUAAGAGCCAAUCAUUACAGCUUCCUUAGUGGGAGAUCGUCCAACUCAUUUGAAACAAAUGAUUUGACUUCAAGAAAAUAUUCUACAUCAUGACCAGUUUGUCCAGCAGUGGCCACCACAGGAAAUUCAGCCACACUGCAGAUUGUUUGAUACAGAAAGCAGACUCCAAAAAAAAAAAAAAAACCUACAAUUUCAUUUUUAACCUGAACCUUAGAGGCGUGAACCUCAACAGAAACGUAUAGUCUGAAGACCUCAGUGCAGCAUUUGACACUGUCGAUCAUGCCAUCCUGCUGGACGGGCUCAGGGAGUGGGUGGGCAUCUCUGGGAAAAACCUGUACGGGUUUGACUCCUACCUGAGUGGGAGAAGCUUCUCGGCUUCAAAGGCACCUCUAAUCACUGCUAUGCAGAUGAUAUCCAACUCUACUUCUCCUUCAAUACAAACAACCUGGAGACGCUUAAUGUCAAACAUGUCAAAUCGCUCACCAGUAGCUGCUUCUUCCACCUCAGAAAUAUAGCAAAACUCCGGUCCAUCAUAUCCCACUCUGAAGUACAAUUGUGUGUACACGCAUUCAUUUCCUCCGGGUUGGUCUAUUGUAACUCACUAUCUAACUGCUUAAACAAGUCAUCCAUAGAUCAACUCCAGAUGGUUCAUAAUGCUGCAGCCAGGCCUAAGAAGUCUUGCCACAUCACCCCCGUCCUAUCCUCUCUGUAUUGACUCCCGGUCCAAUUCAGGGUUCACUUUAAGGUCCUCACUUUCACCUACAGAGCCCUCCAUGGCCAAGAUCCAGUUUACAUCUCAGAACUCAUUCAUCCCGCCCACCACGUCAAUGGAGAAACAAGAACUCUUCUCACCUCUGCUGCACCCAUGGUGCAAGCAAGAGUGUUUCCAGAUGUUCUGUAUCCCUUAGCUACUACUGAGUUUCAGUCACAACCAAAGGAACUUUUGUUCUCUGGACAAUACAUAUGUCUACAAAUCACUAUAUUACAUCAUUCUGUGCAAUGCCUUCAUUGUAGGAACUUCCACGUUGUUCUCAUGUCAUUUUUGGUGCAAUACGUGCUUUUCAGGAGCAAUCGUCUUAUUGUAGCUUGACUUUAUUCAUGAUAUUUUUGAACGUGUAUGUAUAAGCAGCCUUAUUGUUAUUUUAUCCAGGUCUCAUUUAAUAAUAUAUAUUUGUGUGAGCACGACCUAUAAACGAAUACACUCUUA